CUAUCUGGCUGUUGGGCUGUUCUGUGUGCAGUGUGUCCCAGUCGACGACUUUCUCUGAGUGGGAGCAGUCACUUAAACCAGGAAGAUUUCUUCACGCCGAGUGGAAAGCACACUUCACUAGUCUGCCAUCCACAUUUUACACCAGUCGAGUUUAACUUUUGACUAAAAAAAGGAGUUCCAGCUCAGUCAAAUCGACGCCAUGGAUCCCGCCAGCCAAGAUAUCAACCUGAACUCUCCUAACAAGGGCCUCGUUGUGGAUCAGUCAGACAGCCUGUCUGACGUGCCAGUGGAGGGAGCGGUGGGGAACUCAGCCAACCCUCUUCCUCCUGGCCUGACAGAGGAAGAAGCUGAGGAGCUCCGCACUGAGCUCACCAAGGUGGAGGAGGAGAUCAACACUCUGCGUCAGGUUUUGUCAGCCAAAGAGAGACACGCCACAGAUCUGAAGAGGAAACUUGGGCUCAGCCCGCUCAACGAACUCAGGCAGAACCUCACCAAGAGUUGGCAAGAUGUACAGACCUCCAACGCAUAUCUGUCUGCCUCAGCCACUUUGGAUGACAUUACCCACUCUGAAGCAUACAAGAAGACUCAGGAGACUCUUUCCCAGGCGGGACAGAAAACCAGUGCAGCUCUCACCACAGUGGGCACUGCCAUCACCAGGAGACUUGGCGACAUGAGAGCUCUACCUUUCUCUAAUUCCUUUAGUAGCAACUAUUCCAUUCGCCACUCGAUAAGUAUGCCCGCCAUGAGGAACUCUGCAACCUUCAAGUCAUUUGAGGAUAAAAUGGGGAACCUGAAGAUUGAUGUAACACCACAAGUAUAAGGUUGUCGGCCCCAGAGGGAACGGGGAUGUCGUCAGCUCCCCCACUGACACCACCCCCACUCAGGAGAACCCGCCUUUCUGAAUGCACACCACCUCCUUCUCUUCCUCCUCCUCGCUGCCACCUUCCUCACGACCUGAGACUGUACUGUUAUCACCUCACCUCACAUCACAGAGUCAGCCCUGACCUUUGACCCUCCACCUCACCGACUCACCACCGCUCACUUGCCCAAAGGUCUGUAACGCCGACAGGCGGAGGUGACGGACUCGUGGGUUUGUGGUGGGACGAGCUUUCCCUGCCAGUCCCAUUGCCGGUGGUCCUGCGGCCUCCAUCCCCCUGCCUCGCUGUUGAAGAAAAUGUUUUUUGUUGAUGUCUAAAUCUGAAUAAUUUACAGACUGUGCUUUUUGUUCUGUCACCACUGCCUGCCUCCACUUCCUCCCUGGUUAGAUCCUCACCCCCGUGUUAGUCCAAAUAAGUCGACACUCAAAGCUCCUGCACUCGUCAGAUGCCUUUUUUAAACAGGUUGUUGCUGUUUACUAAAGAAAAGGCUGAAGAGAGGCAUUGUAAGAUGUCAGGUUCUUAAACUCCAUCUUUCAUUUUAGGCUGAUAAAUGAGGCCGGAUUACAGAGGGGGCAAAGUGGGACCUUAAGGGGCCCAAAAGCACCGGGUUCACUGUUGAUUUAGGAUAAUUUGACCAAGUGCAAACUGAAAUUGAAUGUACAUCAAACUUUGAGUCAGUGUUGGGCCCUAGCUCAUUUUUGCCCCCAGCGGGUUAAUCGGCCCAUGUUGAUACAUCAGGAAUUUACCCUGCAGCUGUAUUUAUUGCUCCCAACUUCAGAGUUUAAGAACCAGAAUAUCUACAGACUGAGGUAGGAGGAGAAUUUUAUGGGCAUAAGCAAGAUAGUUUAUAUGCUACUUAAACGUACUCUUUCUGUCUACUUUGUUUCUGACUACUAUCAUGUGCUAAAACAAUGCAUUCACACUGUGAGCACCUGCUAGUGUCACCACAGUACCCCCACCUGUCUGUCCAACCUGUACCCGGUUUGCUUCACAGUUCUGCAGUUACCAGUGGUGUGAAUGCUGGCUGUACUCACAGUUUAGAGGUUAGUUUUGGGGGGAGGGUGGGGUAGGUGGGUAAGAUUCAGCAACCCUCUUAGGGUUAGACCUACUACUGCUACAUGCAUGUGCAUAUCUCAUCUCAGUUGUACCAUACCAACCAUGCAAAGACGACCGAGGUCUUGUGCAUCACCCUAUAAACACCCCAGGAUGUAAAAACAGAAAAAAAAAAAACCUUAAACCAUUUUGUAUUAUAAACUAUUUUACACUGCUUUGCAUAAUGUUUUUACAUAACUUUUAUCAAUAUGUAUAAAUAUAUAUGAAUAAUUAUAUUGUCAGCGACGCUGCCGAAUGGUAGUAAUCAGGUUGGGAGGUUUGAAAAAAGCAGGGGGAGGCGAAACAAACAAACUUUAAAUAUGUGGAAAACAAAGAAACACUAUGGGUCAGUUUCACAGACAGGAGCUACUGUCGGUCUGGAGUUUCUUCUGUUUAAAGUACAUUUGUGGUCUAAAAACAUGUUUCCAUGUUUGUGAAACUGACUCAUCAAUGCGCUGCAGUUGUUUUGUACCCGUCUGGGCACAGGACUAAUCAGACCAGGGCGAGAAGGAACGUAAUUUAGAAAACUGGAGGUGCGUUUGAUCUCGGAUGCAGCAUGUUAACGUCAGCAUUUGCAAGUCAAACUAAAACCAAGCGCGUCUUGAGGGUUGAACAUAUUUUCUUUUUUACCCUGGUUAGACUGCAGUUCCCUUCCUUUUGUUGACACACAGAACUCAUUGAGACGAUGCUUUGCUUUGUACACUACCUGGUGAAUGUCAAUGCUUCUCUAUUGGCCUUACUCAGUUUAAAUGGUUCACCUGUUGUUAUAAUUUAGCUGGUAGGAAAGAGUUUUUUGUUAUGUUCCUCACAUUUUUUUUUCUUUUUCUUAAAAAAAAAAAACAAAAAACAAAGUUGUAUGGACUCGUCCGAUUGAAGGAAGGGGAGUUAGCAUAAAGACAUUUAAAGUCCGAUGGGCCACAAAACAUCUCGCUGCCAUAGCAGAAGCUUUGCCAACACCCCCUUAAUGCACACAUGAACACACAAACACACUCCUGUGAACACACUAAAUAUUACUAAACACACACACACACAAACUGCAUGAGGCCAAACUGAUACAAAAUCAUUGUUGCUCUUAUUGUUGUUCAUCUACACCACCUCAACACGCACAGUGAUAGACAGCAGCUCUUACAGACUUCAUGGCCUCAGGCACAGUGACAGUAAACCUGAGAGCAGUUGUGCAGCACGGUCACUUUUCUCUUGAAUGUAGAAAAUGAAGGAAGUUGUGUUCUAGUUUUUGUUUUUCUGCUCUCUGGUUUGUUUGCUGACACAAGGGCAACAAAUUACAACCAGAAAAUGUUGCCCUGCGCCGGUUGUAGGGUUUAUGAUACACAUGAUUACAGGCUGUUUAGUCUAAUCAGGCUGUGGAAAUGUCUGUGUUUCCUCUUGUGUUGUCACAAUUCAGUCUCAUGGGUGGACAGAUGUUUUAUUGAGGCUGCAGAAGUUGGGGUAAUUUAAUUAUUUAAGCCAAAACUUCCCAGGAAGGGUUAAACUUGCUUGACUCUGACCAUGUGAAAAAGAAAUGGCUCUCGGUGACAGAGUCGGGCUACAAUUAACAAACAUGAAAAUACACAGAUUAAAAAACACAACUUCCCAUCAAACUGCUUCAAAACUGUUGCCAUUGUAUCAUAACUGAAGUGUGUUUUGUCAUUUUGUAUUUGUUUGUUUUGAUCAUUUUGGUAGUUAAUAUAUUCCUGUUAGGUGAAUUAUGUUUUCUUUUGGCUUUCUUUCUAUUUGGAAAGGUGGAUUUUCAGAGAGGAUUUAUUAUUUGUACAAUUAAUUGCCAUCAGUUAAAGGCAAGUUGCCAAUAUUGAAAUAUCUGUUACAAAAUCUCUCUUUGCCUCUAAAUCUCAUGGAGUCUGACUUUCUGCUUUGCCAAGAUGCACACGACAAAACAUGUUAAUCUCAAAUCAUUUAUUUUGGUAUUCACUCCUAAAAUGCCAAAUUAAAUGACGUGUAAGAUUAGGAUUUUUUUUUUUUUUUUUUGCAGUGUACCUGUCGCCUCUUUAAAGCUGCAAUCAGUUUUGGGACACUGACUGAUAGAAAUGGAUGAUUUUGUUUUGGGUGCCAAUGGGAAGUGCAGCACAUGACGAGCCUGCUCGGAGCCAGCUGCUGCAGAGGCUGGAGGACAGUAAAGUACUUAUAGCUUUAUUUAGGUCCAGGGCCUAGCUGAUGUAGAUUAUUAAAAGGGAUCAGAUUUGGAAGAUCAUGGUGAAUGAAUUAAACAGUUUUUGGUUUUUGUUGUAUAUGUUUGGAUAUCAAUAAAGCAUUCCUUUAAAUGACAA